AUGUCCUCCUACAUUCUAUUCCUCAUUCUACUCAUGUUAACGGUGGCAAACACGGAGGUUUUCCCCUCUUUCCACCCAUUAAUCUCUCUUUUUUUCUUUCAGAAAUGUACGGAAAACGAGGAAUGCGAUGCCAAGUGGCCGGACGCCAUUUGUGUUCGGAAUAGGUUGAAUUCGGAUCGGAACUCUUGAACAUCUCUAUUUUAUUCAGGUGUCGUUGUCCGGAGAAUACGAUCAGAAAGAAGAGCGCUUCGAGAGAAUUCGUUUGUCUUUCGACGACCGACGCGAGUGAGCGCCCCUUCUCCGAUCGUUUCCCAUUCAUUUCCGAUUCUUUCAGCCGGCAAUUCAGGCCCUCCGCUGACGUGUCCGACUCCCGAAGGGGCCGGGUAUCAGGUGAUGUUCCGGCAGGACGGAGAGCCGCUCAAGUGCUCCAGCAAGAAGAAGCCGGACACGUGUCCGGAGGGCUUCGAGUGCAUCCAGGGACUCUCCAUUCUCGGCGCUUUGGACGGUGUCUGCUGUCCCGACAGGGGUGAGAUUACCGAUAUUAUACGUCCACGAAGACGGGAAAUGUUCAGCGAAAACAUGUUCUCAUCCGAUAUUCGACCAUCCGGACGACGGAUAUCUCUCGCGGUGGGGCUUCGACGGAUCGGAAUGCGUCCAGUUCAAAUGGAAUCCUGAAAGGCCGUCGUCGGCGAACAAUUUCAAAUCUCGGGCACAUUGUGAGGAUUACUGUAUUGGUGCGAUAAACGGAUUAAUCGAAUAUCAGUCCAGCCCUAACUUUCAUUGA